GUUAUCCCUAAGCGAAUGUCAGAAAAUGUCCCUCUGGUGGCAGCGCAGUGAAGCUAGAAAAACAUCAGAAGGUAGGGCUCUCCGCCCAAUUAUUUCGUGAAUUUGGAAAGAAUGGAGCCCUAUGAGGUUUUAGUGAACCAGCCUGUUGUUAUUGACAACGGCUCGGGAGUUAUAAAAGCAGGAUUUGCUGGUGACCAGACUCCAAAAUGCCACUUUCCAAACUAUAUUGGCAGACCAAAGCAUGUGCGUGUGAUGGCUGGAGCAUUGGAGGGCGACCUUUUUGUUGGUCCAAAGGCUGAGGAACAUCGUGGUCUUUUAUCAAUUAGAUACCCAAUGGAACAUGGCAUAGUAACUGACUGGAAUGACAUGGAACGCAUAUGGCAUUAUAUUUAUAGCAAAGACCAACUUCAAACAUUUGCUGAAGAGCAUCCGGUGUUGUUAACAGAAGCCCCUCUCAAUCCUCGAAAAAAUAGAGAGAAAGCCGCAGAAAUAUUUUUUGAAACAUUCAAUGUUCCUGCCCUUUUUGUCUCCAUGCAAGCUGUUUUAAGUUUGUAUGCAACUGGUAGAACUACUGGUGUGGUUCUAGAUUCUGGAGAUGGAGUAACGCAUGCUGUGCCCAUUUAUGAAGGUUUUGCCAUGCCACAUUCCAUUAUGAGGGUAGAUAUUGCUGGUAGAGAUGUCACACGUUACCUAAAGCUGCUUUUGAGAAAGGAAGGACUUAGUUUAUAUACGACUGCAGAAUUUGAGGUUGUGAAGACUAUAAAAGAACGCAUAUGUUACUUAGCAACAAAUCCACAACGAGAAGAAAGUGUUGACACUGAAAGAUUAUCUUACAGUCUACCUGAUGGAUCAUCUGUAGAGAUCGGUCAAGCAAGAUUCCGAGCGCCUGAAGUUCUUUUCAGACCUGAUCUAAUUGGUGAUGAAAGUCAUGGAAUCCAUGAAGUUUUACUAUAUGCAAUUCACAAAUCAGAUAUGGACCUUAGGAAACUUCUAUUUCAAAAUAUUGUAAUUUCUGGAGGCUCUACGUUAUUCAAGGGUUUUGGUGACCGUUUGUUGUCUGAACUGAAGAAAUCCUCCCCAAAAGAAAUCAAGAUAAGGAUAUCUGCUCCAGCAGAGCGUUUGUAUUCUACGUGGAUUGGAGGAUCUAUCCUUGCAUCAUUAGAUACCUUUAAACGGAUGUGGAUAAGCAAACGUGAAUAUGAAGAAGACGGUGCUAGGGCAGUGCAUCGGAAAACUUUCUAAUUAUUAUGUACUACAGUAGCUUAUAGAGUAAUGUUAUGAUAAGAAUAUUAUCUGUUUAUAUUGUUUAUUAUGGUUAACUAAAUUCUAGGAAAAUUUUAUGAUGGCUAUUUUCAUAAGUUUUUGAGAACUUGGUAAAAUGCUGAGGAAAACAAUUUGUGAUUUUGCAAAUUGGUUCAAGUGAACUAUAU